CCGGGAGAGGCUAGGCUAACUAACCAUCAGAGAGAGAUUGUGGUGAAGAUCUUAUAUACUACACAGAAGUCCUUAAGUCAAAAAUGACAUACAGGAGAGACAGGAGCAUACGAGAGGUGUAUGAUGAACGCUUUUUAACAGAGAGACCGGGUCCGUACCCACGAGCAGGAGGAGCGGUUGAAAGGAGGGGCCCCUUUGGCAGGCCAGAGGAUGACUAUGGCCGGGGCGUGUACGAUUACGAAGGAGGUCCCCGCUUUUUCCCAAAUGGCGGUGCCCCCCGAAGUUACCAUGAAGAUCAGAGGGGCUACCACGGAGACGGUCUUCAUUUCCCUGCUGAACGCAGAGCAGUACCACCUUCAAGGAGGGAGGACUAUCCUUACAGAGUACCCAGAGAGGACCCUCACGCAGGACGACCACUGGAGUUUGGCGCCCGAGCACCACCUCCUCAUAGCGUACGAAACCAGGGCAUCUACCCGGCGCCCAGGUCCCUGCCAGAGAGCGGGGAAGACACGCUAGUGCAGGCCAUCCUCAACCUGGACAGAGGGGAGGACAGAGACCACUACAGGAGAAAGGCAGCCCCGUUCCCUCCCCUCAGAGAACGUUCUCCUGUGCGCCGUGAGGUGGCCCGCUCCCCCCACAGUCGCUCCGGUUCCAGCGUCAGCAGCAGAGGCUACUCGCCAGACAGAGCCAAGAGCCUGCCAUUUCCCUCACAGCAAGGCAAGAGUGUGGACGCCCCGGAGGGUCACGUGGGUGUUUCUGAGCACGUUUGGGGAGGACUCUUUCCUCAACAGAGCGGACAUGACACUCUGGACAAAAUUCCUGGCUUGUCAAGAGAAGGCUCUCCACACAGUGCAACGUCAAACAAGGAGGACAACCAUCCGCCAGAAGUAGAAAAAGAGGAACCACCUGUAGCUCCUGUCGUGGAGGAGAGCCAAAAGCCUACAGAGAACUUUCAAGAGCGGCGAGCCCUGGCCAUCGCAGCUAAAGCCCAGGAGAUAGAGAAGGUGUACCGUCAGGACUGCGAGACGUUUGGCAUGGUUGUGAAGAUGCUGGUGGCCAAAGACCCCAACCUGGAGAAGCAGCUGCAGGUUCCUCUCAGGGAGAACCUGGGGGAGAUCCGCGAGCGUUGCCUGGAGGACCUGAAACACUUCAUCAGCGAGCUGGAUGAGGCGAUCCGGCAGCCAUAACCCCUCCGUCUGUGACUCAACCGCUCCAUCUACAUCCCUGAUGGAUUGUGAGUCUGAUCAUGGGAGGAAUGACUGCUGAACGUGAUGAAUAUCUUGGAUACAUUGUGGAUUGCCGGAAUGAAGCUACUCUACAG